CAUCUGCUGCAUCGGCACUCAUUCUACACUCACACGAGUGCUGGCCUCAGAGGCGACAUGGAGCACGAGGGGGAGCUGGUCCGGUCCAUUUACUUUGGGAGAAUUGGGAGUGAGACCACGGAGAGGCUGCUGGAGAGGUUUGGACAUGAUGGCAGCUUUCUGCUGAGAGACAGCGACACCAUGCAGGGGGCCUACUGUCUUUGUGUGAGGAAAUCUCCAUUUGUGUACACCUACCGGCUCGUUCGCACCACCGACGGCUGGAGUCCUCAGAUGGAGACAUCACAGAGCUUUAGGACACUGGAAACACUGAUAAAGAGCUACAGAGAAGGUUCAGCCUCUGGUGUCCCAACAGUCCCCCUCACACACCCACUGGACAGAACACAGCUACAGUACAUCAGUACUGGACAAGAGUUGUCCUACAUGGAAAUGAGCAGCUGAAGCAGCUGAAGCAGCUGAAGCAGCUUCGUCUGUUAAGGUUGUGCUUUUAGACGAGUGGACCAAUGCUGUUAAUCAGGUGGACAAACUGAAGAUGAGAGAAACAUGCAGAAUGUGGCAAACCAGGGAUCUGCCAUAUUUUUGGUGUUUAUUUUUUUUAUCUUUAUUUGUGUCACUUUAAUAUCAGUUUGAAAUUUGAUGCAUGGCUGUUUUAAACCCGUGGCUGCAGACCUUUCACCAUGAUUCACAUGUGACCCACAAUAAUGUGAUCACUUCAACUUAACUAUACUGAUAGAGUUCAGCAAGACUAUAAUUUCCUCUAUGUGUGUCAGAGUCUGCAGCUCACUGUAAUUGUUCUUUUGCUUUGUUGUUUUCAGUGAUUCUGUUCAUUGGUGCUGUAAUAUUUUAUUCUUAUUUAUAGUCUGUGCAUUUGUUGCUCUGUGGCCAAACCUGGUUUAGUUUGUUAGGUUCAUUCAAGUCAGGCUUAUUACACUUUUGAACCAUGGAGGUUAUCCUAUUGGUCUGUUGGUAGACGACACUUUAUCUUUCUUAUUAUAUAAAGAGGAAGUCCCAGCCUAAAAAAGUCCAACUUUCUUCAACUUUUAUACACACAUUUCUCUUAGUUAGACAACAAAGAGCUCUCUGAGACAACAUGUAGAAGAGUGUAGGUUGUCCUUGAGGUGGGUGAGAAGCACUUCAAAAGCAGUCAACAUAGUUUGUUGCGAUACUAAGCGAAUCUAACUGCAGUUUCAUGUUUAACGGAAAGAUGGUGUAACAGUGGUGUUCUCACCAUCUUCUCAUCUAACCCUCUGCCAGAAAGCAAAUGAGCAAAUUUCAUAAAAUGUCAAACUUUCGCUUUUAUUUAUUCUCCAUCUUAUUUAUUAAAUGCUGCUUUGAGGCUUUUUUUUUUUUACAGUUCCCUUAGUGUUAACAUUUGUCUAAAUGCUGGAUUUUAGCUUUUGCUGAUAUCAUCCUGUAAACAAUGAGCUGCAAUAAUAAAGACUGCAAACUGCUGUACA